GAGACGACAAAUCCAGUACUCAACAAGACUUCAAAGUUAUAACUUUGUUAAUAUUUGACAAUUGUUUAACAGUUAACAAUUGGUCAAAAAUGGUUAUUUCAUAUCAUAUGAGUCUCAUUGCCAUAUCAUUAGUUGUUUUGACCAAAUCAGUGAUCUGUCAACCGAUUAAUGAAAGCGAACGAAAACCUGUGUUUCAAGAGAUUAAUGAAUCAGAUCUGAGAUAUUUAAUCGCCAAGACUUUAUCACGUCAUCCGUUAGGCAUUUUGGGACACAUUAUAGUGGAGGCCGUGGACAAGGCUGGUGUGGACGGACACUUAGCAGAGCCGAUGUCAGUGCGAGACCGACGCUAUCAUACAUCAAACCUAAGCGAUCAAAGUUUCCUCCGAUUCGGUCGAACCUCUUAUAGGAAUAACAAACGACCCAAAGAUACCCAAGACUUGAAUGACCGCUCAUUCCUCCGUUUCGGCCGCAGUGGGACACCAGACAGUUAAGGCCUUCCCCUAUACCACUCUACAGUAUAACAGUAUGUAUUGUAUUGUAAUGUAUUGUUAAUAAUCACUCUUGUGAUAAGAAUUUAUGAGCAAAUUAUGCCC